GGGAGCAGGAGGAGGAGGGGAUUGCUGAUGUGGGCUGGUUCAGUGAGGAGCUGCAGGAUUCUCCUGCUUUCACAGGAGGCAUCCGCGCCGGCAGAGGUUGAAGAUAACCGAACCAAAGUUAGUUAAAGUCAGUCUACCUCCCAGUGACCAUGAGAGUCCUCCUACUCAUCUGCAUGCCAGUCGUGCUUGCUCAGGCCCAGUACCAGGACCAGGUUUCCUUCCCUGACUCAUAUGAGUAUUAUUCAGAAACCCAGAACCCAGAGCCAUUCCCCGGAUCCUACCAGCAGCAAGUCCAGAUUGAGCCUGCGGUCUUUCCGGAGAAGUCAGAUCCGACCUUUGAAACGGAGCCCACGGAGCCUGGACCGCUCGACUGCAGAGAGGAGCAGUAUCCCUGCACCAGACUCUACUCAGUGCACAAACCAUGCAAGCAGUGUCUGAACAGCCUCUGCUUCUACAGUUUGAGACGAGUUUACGUCAUCAACAAGGAGAUCUGCAUGAGGACCGUGUGCGCACAUGAGGAACUGCUCAGAGCGGAUCUGUGCCGUGAUCAGUUCUCUCGCUGCGGUGUGAUGGCGCUGAGUGGUCAGUGCACGUCGCUCGGAGGAAGCUGUGGGAAAAGCUGCGGCGGCUGCUGAUCCAGAUCGGGAACGCUGCCAGCCGGGAUACCGACUCCUCUCCCCUCCCGACUCCUCCGUACGGCUCCAUACUCUUGUGCGAAAAGCACUUUGAAUAUUUUUGUUGUUUUUUUUUUAACGUCUGCCCAGUAGAUCCUGUGUGUACUAUGAGGGAUCAACAAUAACACUGACGGAUAUGCGAGUCACUGGUGCUAUAAAACUUUUAGAGGUGCACAUGAAACCAUGAAAACUCAUUUUAUUCCUGUUUUUUUUUUAUCUUUUUCUUUAACAUUGUGCCAUAAUAAUCUCAUAUUUUGUGUUUGUACUGUACGUUUGUUGAAAAGCAGUCAUUAAUAGAGAUGAUCAGGAGAGACAAGAUGCUGCAGAACAUCAGCAUCAUUGGUCUGAAGGGCCGUCCAACCACCACCUCUGUACUAAUGCUUUGUAAAAAUGUCACCAUAAAAACUGAAAAAAAUAAAAUGUUUAAACUCCAGCUGCUCAGUGUGAGGUUGUGCACUUUGACUAGGCCCUUAUAACAUGCAAAUGCCUUAUAUUAUAGCAGAAAGGUUAUAAUUUAAGGCCUUUCUGCUAUAUUACUGCAAGAAAGGCUUACAGUAUUCAAUUAUGCCGCAAGAACUGAUCAGUACGUCACUGCCAGAGAAUGCAAAAGAAAACAAAUUCCUCCAUGUCCUCUAGGGGGCUCCGUAGAGACCAAACAAGUAGUAAAAUAAUCCAUUUAAAAGAAAAAUGUGCAUCAAUUUAGAUCAUCAUCAACUCGGGUCUUCCAAGGCUGCAUAACUGCUAAAUAAAAUAAUGUCAAAUUAAAUCGAAUCAAUGUGAGAAUCACAUCACUGCACCUACUGGAUAUAAUGAUACUUUAAAAAUAUUCAAUUCCCAAUUUUCUUUUUUUUAUAUUUAUCCAGAUCCUUUACUGAAAAACCCCCCAUUAAAUCCAGAGUUUUAAAGACUGCAUAGGAAUCCUGCAGGUAGUUCAGUAGUUUGUGUGAAAGAUGUAAUAAAAUACAAACUGUCAGAAGAACAAAUUCACCUUUUAUUGUAAAUUAUCAAGGUGAUCUUAUAGCUCUUUUUAAGAUUUUCCUCUUCUUAUUCCAACUCAUGCAAGUAUUUGUCCAAUUUUAGAUUUUACACAUAAACCAAACCAAGCAGUUCUAAUCUUUACCUUCUGUACUAAAAGUAUUAAGAUGGACAUACUUAUUUUAUCUAUUUAUCCUAACAAAGACGAUGCUUGUUACAAAAAGAGAAACCCUGCUGAUGUGGACCUGUGAUAAAAAUCAUCCCCACAGCAUGAUGCUGCCACUCCUACAUUUCUUCUUGCACUCUCCAGAAAACAUGGCUUUAAUAUUCAUUUAAACUCAAAUGUGACUGAUGUAGUUUGUCGUCAGUGUUCGUACAGCAAGGAAAAAACUACAUGUGGACAAUAAUACUGGCUCCUAAAAAAAUAACGCAGUAAAGUA